AGUUUCUUUGUAGGAUGUAACCAAUAGAUCCCAGCCCAUACGACCCGUACAUGAUAAAGGAUGAUGAGGUAGCACUACUAGCACGAUGUACGAGGCACGUGAGGUCAUGGAACCCGGACUGACAGAUUGAUCUCGCGAGCUUUUAAUAUCGGCUUUGAUCAAUUCCAUUAUACUAACAGUAACAGAACUAUAUGUCAUUAAAAUAAUCAAUACACAGCUGGCGCAGCUUGAUACUUGUUCCUACAGAAAAUUGUUGUAUGUCAGCUUUUGACGCCUUUCUCGUUUUCGGUCUUGCUCGAUAGAUUUAAUUUACGUGACAUGAAACUGCAUCGGUCUGUCUCGAUGAGCGACACUUUGUUUCUCGGUCGUUGCUGCCCUCGUCCUUUUGGGUAUACUACUGCUUUCGUGAGCCGUGAGUUCGAAAUCGUUCUGUCGCAACAACCCAUGGAAUUUUUGGUCGAGUGCUUCGCUGCCAAUCUCGGAAGCGCUUCUCAGCUCUCGGUCGUCCCUUUCGUCCUGAAUAAGUAGUCAGCUGGGUGGUCGAGGUACCUAUCGUCUUAGUACUACAAUACAUAGCAAGUCAUGAUAGAAUGCGGCGCUUCGCGACGACAAAUGCACUUUUUCGAAAUUUGGCACUUUCCACAGGCCUCUGAAGGUUUUCUCGUAAAUCGUCGAAUCGAAAAAAAUCGUUUGUUUUUGCUAUCGUUUCGUCCCUAUUGUUUUCAUUUUCCUCUACACUCAAUUUUGUUUCCCUUUCCAUCAAACCAAAACCUUUCAAUGUGGCACUGCAAUUCCCCAGUUGCAGACUGUCUGUGUUAUGGCCAGCCCGCGUAAGCAAGGAGGUAUUUUUUCUCGAAUUCAUUUCCUCCAUCGAACAGGAAAAGCAUAUCAAGACGAUUAUCCCUACUUGCGGACGACUUGAUUACACUGCAGAAUAAUGAUGCGCUUGUUCACGAAAGCGUUUCUUUCCGCCGGUGUCGUGGCCUCGAGUGCUGCGGCCGGCGAGAAAACUGCCGAGGAUUUCUUAUACGGCAAGGGCGCGUUUCAGUACCUUUCGUACCAUGAGGUGUUCGACUUCUACAGCGCGCUCGCCGAGCAUUUUCCGCAGUACGUCAAAAUUUGGUCGGCGGAUGAAAAAUUUCCGCACCUGCGCGACUUCGAGGGCGAGACGCCGGAGGACCGGCAAGCAUUCCAGGAAAAAAUGAAAGAAAUGACCUGCGGCACCGCGCCAGUCAACAUCUUCGGAAGGCAAACCGAACCACAGGUAUUUUUAUUUCUCACAGAUGUUGAUGCGCGCUCUGCUUGUCCGUACUAGACCUAGAGUUCUUCAAGCAAAAACAAACCUGAUGUUUUUUGACAAGUAUUGAGCUUCGAGGGCCGAUGAGACAAAAGCUAGGAGAUGAUUUUCUACUAGCGAAAAUUCCGUUUGUCAACAUAAGUAUCUCACAAAUAAAAGUGCGCGAAAACGAAAUAAACUUCCACACAGCCCAACGAGAAAGGGCAAUACCCGUGCGAGAGUCUGCUCGUGCAGGUGACGAACUUCGAGACGCUGACGCCCACCACCCCCGAAGUCCUGGCCAUCGGGGAGGUGCACGGCAACGAGAAAGUGGGGGUGUCUGUGGUGUCCGAGAUGGUGCGGCAGCUGGUGCUGAGCAAGGCGGGCGACGCGGCCCAGCUGGGCGCUGACCAGCUGCACCAGCCCGCGGCGGCGGCGAAAGACCUCGCCUACCUGGUCGACCACCGCUCCAUGUGGGUGAUGCCGAUGCCGAACGCCUUCGGGUACUACCACGACGUGCGGGAGGACCAGGGCGUGGAUCCGAACCGGGACAUGCCCUACCUGGCGGCGAACUGCAUGCAGAGCUUCGCCGGCCGCUCCCUGAACGAGUUGGCGCGGACGCACCUCUUCCGGCAAAUGAUCGAGUUCCACGCCGGCACGCGGCAACUGGUGUACUCCUGGGCUGGGCCGAACCACGUGAUGGGCAACGACGGCAAGCCCGGCAGUCUGUCCCCCCAGGUGAUCGAGAACAACGACGCCGGCUUCAACGAGAAGAGCUCCGAAGCCCCCGACGCGCACGCGUACCACGGCAUCGCACGCCGCAUGCAGCUGGCCGCGGGGAAGGAGAACACAGCGGACGCGCCCUACUGGUACCCGUUGAUCGCACCGCACACCGACGCCAUCUACUGGAUCCGCGGCGGCAUCCAGGACUGGAUGUACGCCGGGAGCUUCGAGCCCCAGGCGGCCAAAGGCCACGCGCCGGACCCCACGCACCCCAUCGCGGUGCAUUGCCCAGGUAAGUUGAAGAAGUUGUUGUAGAGUGUUUGGAUACCAUGUAUAGCUGUAGAAGUGCUCCGGUCCUCCGCUAUACAACAAUGUGUCUAAAAAGAUACCUCAUUUCAAUUCCAGCGCAACGAACUUCACAUGAUCGUUCGGAUGUACAAAACCAAGAGCAUGAUGUGGUCUGAUAAGUACUAAAUUGUGUGGUUCCGUUCUUUCAUCCCGUCGGUGACCACCUUUUUUCCACACAACGUGACCCCAGGUUACCCGGAUGCCAAGCUGGACUACAAGAAGGAGGUGAACAUGCGGUGUUUGUCCUACCUCGUGGAGACGGACGACAACAAGCACAUUGCCGAGUCCCACUUCGGCACGGUCGCGCAAUUGUACGACAACACGGACAACGCGAACGGGCAGCUGCCGCGCAACAUGCGGCUGACCCUGCGCGUGUUCGAGAUGGCCGACCCCGCGAUCCGGUUCAACCACGACAAGAACUACCUCUACGGCGUCGGCUGCGAGAACAUCGACGGCGGGUCGGUGAUCGACAUCUGCGACAACGACCGCGAACUGCUGUCGAUCCCGGACGACUUCACGUGCGAGGGCCUGGAGAUUUGGCAGCCGGGGCUGGAGGAACCGCAGGGGAACACGCUGGACUACACGGAGGAGCUGAAAAACCGGAUCGCGUCCAACCCGGAGUGCGUGGUCGCGCGGGCCAGUUUCGACAAAGCCUGGGUGCAACAGGCGAACCCGGACCCGUCUUUGACGCCGCAGUCGCACGCGGUAUUGAGCCGGGUGAGCGAGAAGUACGAGGCGGCCACGGGCGCGGCCAGGAUCUCCACCACGAAAACCCGCUACUCCGUCGCGGACGGCAAAAUCUUUGAAAACGAAGAAAACUUCGCCGUGUUCAAGGCGCAGCAGCAGCAUCAAAGCCUGCAGGAACAAGGUGCUGGCGACCGGUACAUGCACGGUAAAAAUCCAGCAGCACCCAUGCACGAGCAACAUCACGAGGAGCACAGCGAUUCCGAACCCUCCGCGGUACUGCACGGCGACGUGUUCCACCCGCGACACCUGGCUGGCAACACGGGGGAGAACGACCACGCGCUGCCCGCCAGCAGCCAGCCUGUCGUGGGGGAGCCGGCGGCGCACUUCAUGAACAAGCAAGAUUCAACAUCCGCGCCAGUGGUACAACAAGAACAUCAUCAAAAACAAGCUGCCUCGAUGAAACAAGCAGAUGAACGCAAGCGCUCGUCGUUGGAGCAAAAGGACAAAGUUCAGCAACAUUGGUGGCGGAACGUAUGGAAUGUGCUGUCCUUUAUCAUCGUUUGCGUGUGUGGCUUCGCGUUGUAUCUGCACUUCCGCACCGGAAGAAACUACACUGGCGCAGCGACGGGCGGCGUGGCACUUGGCUCGGAUUCGAAGCAGGCUGCCGCGAACAAACACCUCGGCCUCGUGUCCAAGAACGACAAACACGAGCACUACGGCAGCGUCGUCACGCCGGAUCCGGAGCGGGGGGACCACGAUGGUGGGUUCAGCCCAAAACGUGGAGCAGGAGGGGGCCCAGGUCGCGCAACGCCGACUGCCAACUCGCAGGGCACCAGCAUCAGCUGAAAAAAUCAAAUGUUUGUAUUCAUUCGCUAUCCGGAUUUUCAUUUUGUAAAAUGUACUUUUCAUCAAAAAACACUGUAAAAACUUCUCUCAACUUUCUUUUGCUUUGCUUGCUUUUGUACAAAACGAAGAAUUCUUUCAAAUUAAUUUUCGAAUUUCUAAUGACGAGCCCAUCUCUCAAUUUAAGUACACAGCUCUUUUUUGUCGUUUGUUUCUUUUGUAAGCUCCAUUUGUAGAAGUCCUCAUGAAAAUUUGUUUCCUUUGUCUGUAUCAACUGUCAUCUUGUGUUUUCCUCAACUCACAGCAGGCUUCGUGCAUUUGAUCUGAUAGUUCGGCUGAAAAGAUUUCCUCCAUCAAACCGGCUCUAUUUUGUAUGCUUGUGCGAAAAUUAGUGUCAUUGUGAGUAUCAAGAGGUCUUCGCUGAUAGCGGCUCACUCGGUUGUGCAGUCAGC